AUGAUUUUAAAUGAUGAUGGUAACUACGAGAUGCCAAAACAAAUGUCUCUAAUAGUACAAAUGACUCUGAAUAUUCGAGAAGGAAGACCACCAACAUCCGUAAUGCGAGACUAUAACUGUUCGUAUACAGGAGAACCUUUUCAAGGUCCUGCAUUUUAUGUAAAUGCUCAUCCCGCAGAAUUAUGUGUGUGUUCCAAAUCAGGCAGACAUAUAGUAGGAAUGUCCGACUGUAGAAAUGAAAUUACUUUGUCCCAAUCAAAUAACGGACAUCAUAAUUGCACCAUACAAUAUCUCAAUAAAACUACUGAGGGAUUUGAAUGUCCAUUUUCACACUUAGACAGUUCACCAGGAAUGGUGUGGGUUUGUGGUGAAACUGCAUAUUACCAUUUAGAUGCAGGGGAAUGGAAAGGUUGUUGUUAUGCUGCUAUUUUGUCCACAGGAACUAGCAUAAUGGAAAAGACAAAUCUGGCCACAUCUUUGAAUAGACAUAAAAGGGAAGUAAAACUGCCAAAUUAUUAUGCAGGCCAUAAGAUUAGUGAUCCAUGGACUACUCCUUGGGAAAACGUGGGAUGGUCCCUAGCAGAUUAUGCAGACAAUGUCACCGACGUUGUGAAGGACAUGAGAGAAUCAGUUCGUGAACCCACACCGGUAGAUGCAACAUGGUUUCAAUGGUUGGACAGCCUAUCCGGGGGAUGGGGAUAUUGGAUAACCGGUACAGUAAUUCCAGUUGUGAUGACCAUUUUAGCCUUGAUAUUAUUUUUGCCAUGCAUGUUGCAGUGUGGGGUGGGAUGUGUUAAAAGAUCUGUUACUUCCUUUACAACCAAAGGAACCGAUCGAAUGAUGUUAGCAAAAAGAACGACUGACGUCAACCAGGCUAUGCUGGUUAGACGCACAUCUAAAGGUUAUCGUCCGAAAGAUCAGAAUCAAACUUGGGGAUCCAUAUUUGAUCAUAACAGCGAUACGGACGAGGAUGAUAAUGAUUGUGUUCAAACACAUGAGUUAGAACCAGAACCAAUACCGGUGAUAGAAGAACCAAGAAAUGUUGAUGAACGUGACAAUGUAAUGGAAGGAGAUAAUGGGCUUGACGAUUCGGUAAUUGAGAUUGGCACGGUAGAUGAUGAAGAGUAGAUAUAAUUAUGUUUAUGUUUUCGUUUUUAUUGAGGGUGAUUGGUGUUGUAUGUUUUUAUUACAAAUCAGUCCGAUUGAUCUUUUACCUCGAAGAGCAGCUUGCAAACCAGAAAACCACAUAAAAAUACGCAAAUGCAACUAUCCUUUUAUUAAAGAUUUUGUAUUAACCUGUUGAUUAACCUUUUGUACUACUCUAUAUAUAUAUAUUUGUUCUUUAAAGGGACACAGAACUGCUUGUAAGACCGUUGGUCUGAAAGUGGCCAUUGUGAGAAUCUGGAUUUCGUCCUGUCCUCUACAAAUAUUGCAUCUGUGUUUAAUACAAAGUUCAUGUAUCAUAUGUAUUCAUUCGUAUUCAUUCCUAUUAAUAUUAGCUUCUAUUCAUAUUAGAUGUGCCUUUCAUUCUUGUUGUUUAACCUCGUUGAAAGUUCUAUCAUGUCAUGCUGUCUUAUGUUGAUAUAAGUAUCUGUUGUUCUCCAUAUCAAGGUUCCUAAUGAUGCCUAUGGACGAUUGUUCUGUUAUUGUAAUAUUGAAUAUGUAAUCAUAUCUGAUUGUUCAGGAGGAAAGACUAAACAGAAAGUCUGGUGAUUUUCCACUUUUUUGGUGGUUUUAUAUGACACCUCCUUUUCAAACAUAUAAAUAUUAGUCCGAAAACAAUAAACAUUGUACUCUGAUUGAACAAG